AUGCCGAAGCGUGUGCGAACACCAAAUUGCACCCAUGUCGACAUGGACCGCAUCUAUGGGCGUGAUCAGCAGUGCUACGUCUGUGGUCGAGAGCCGUCGAUUGGAUUCCUGUACGAGUGUCGCCAGGACUGUAGCUCACCGUCACUUCACGACCUUCUUGCAGCCGCAGAAGAUGGAGAGCCUCCACGACCGAAGUCGCCUCUCCGAUCCGAGCUCGAGGAUAUUGGUUUAAGUGAGAGCGUCAUUCGCACCGCAGAGCAAGGUCAAUACACCUCUGCGCAGCUGGAAAUUUUGAAAGCGCAAAAGCAGGAUCUGAAGCAGACUAUCGACGACUCGAUACAAGGCAAUCAGAUCAAUGAUGUAGUUGCCAAACUGGCGGCUUUUGCAUCUGUGCCCUCCAACAACGAUGGUACUAUGAACAGCAAGACCAAAGAUUCUGCAGCCUGCGCCUUCAAGGCAUGCCAUACCUGUCGCCCCUACUAUCGCGACCGUGUCUACAUCUCCUUCGCUGCUGUAGUGUCAGCCGACUUUCCGCCAAUGUCCCGGGACGAGGCACAACUUCUGCCCACCAAGUCAGCGCGAGUCUUGCGCUCCAUCGGCGCAUCACACCAAUCGUCAGCAACUCGAGUUGGCCACGACCAAUCGCCCUUUCCAACUCCAACUACGAUAACUUUCGCUAAUAACACCGACGCGCCCCACACGGCCUCCACAACAGCCUCUGACUCGAGCGAGCUUACCUUCAAGACUACGCAGACCGACGUCGAUGAGCUGCGUGCUCUACGUCGUCCACGUAGGCGCUUCUACAACAUUGGCCACAGAUCCUCUGGUGAGAUAGCACGGGACUUGUCGAGAAUUCCGCCACUUCUCUCACGCCAAGGGCUGAAGACGGCAAUGCAAGCCAUCUUUCACCCAGGUCGAGACUCGAGCUCAUCGGGGUCCAUGAUCACGCUGCCUGUACCGCGCACAGGUACAGUCCGCGACUCAACAGCUAGACGCCCAGUCGGCGAUUUCGACAUCGGUGCUCUCCGCCGAGUCAGGCGACAGAAGGAGAAGAAUGAGAUUCGCAACGGUACAUACGUCGGUGGCUUUGAGGACGUCGGCAAUGCCCCAGCUAUGACUAAAGUAAGGACCGCGCAUUCGCCACACGGCAGCGACAGAGAGGGCAGCUGCACUUCCGACUCGAGCUUCUCGGUCUACUCCUGCAUUUCCGAGGGUAGCGAGGCCGAGGUCGACGGCGGCGUUGCACUAGCAGAGCAGGCGGUCGAGUCACACACGCCAGAUAUCGUCGCCGUCAACGUUCGCGAUGCCCAUCCGUCCAAGUCAGCGAUUUGCAUCCGCACAAAGCCACUGAGUUGGACUGAAGAUGGCUCGGAGGAUAUUGGGGUGCAGAGCAUCAUGGCGCAAGUUUGA